UACGAUCUGAUAUUCGCACGCUCUGUAGUCAGGAAUGGACGAGCUGUGAUAAUAAGAAAUUGAAUGUUUACAGAUGGACAAACCCUGGACUAAGCGCACGAGGCCGUGCGAUAGUCAGGCUGGCCGUGUCGGCGCCGGACACAGAUGCUGCAAAUUAUUAUUGAUGAUUAAUAGUACCAAUCUUAAUAUUAUGUUAUCUGUAGAAAUCUGUAGAGCAGAAGGUUUGUGAUUCCUAAACGUAACACCCGACUGAUGCGCAGAAAAAGAUAACUGUCAAUCAGUUGUGUCAUGUCAAGUGUGAGCAGGCGGCUACGAGGUUAUCUUUGAGAGCGUGUUGAGUUUGGUGGAACGUUAAAUUGUAGGAAAAGUGAUUGUCAACCGUCCAAGAUAUUAUCUCCUUGCCCGUUAACCCACGCCUAUGGAGAUUCCACCCCUAGAGUUCCUUCUGAUAGAGACCCAGUGCCUUUAUAUUAAAUAGCCAAUAUUGUAAAGUUUCAUCAAAAUUCAUUCAUCGUACUUUUUGUAUAUAUUAUUAUUAUACAACGAUAACACAUAUGAAAGAGUAACAUCACAGAUAAGGAUUAGAUCCAUAUCUGUGAGUAACACAGAUAUGGAUUAGAGGUGAGUAACAUCCACAAAGUAAAGUAGGAAAUGUAUGAAAAUAAUGUAGGAAAUAUAGUAGGAUACUACAACUGAUUUUUUACUAUUUUAUUAUGAGAAGAAUGUAGAAAGAUCGUUUUCGUUUGCUAAAUUGAUGCAAGUUAGCAAGUGGAAAUCGAACCCGGGACCGGGACCGGGAUUCCGUGGAGAUCGAACCCGGGUAUUAAUUUUCGUUGUAUUCAAUUGAAAUUUAAACGAUUAUCGAUAUCAUAUCGUUAAUAUUUUUGACCGCACUGCUGACAGCACGACUGAAAAAGUAAAAAGUCAAACUAGUAAACAUAACCUAAAAAUUUCUCCUAACCUAACCUAAAACUAAAACAAGGCACUUUUAACCUCGCUAAAUCAAAAAUAAAUGAUAAAAGCGUUUAUCUGUUAAUCGUCUAUAUUUUAAAAGCUUUCGUGGAGCAUUCACUGUGCAUGGAGUUGACACAAUAAGAAAGAUUUCCAAAUGGCUAACGAAGUUAUUAGUAUUGGGGACUUUAUUGUCUUACAAAAACAAAACUACAAAAAGUUGUUCAAGUUUAAUAAACCAAGUUUAAGUAUUACAGUAGGUCGUGAUACCAUAAACUUGAAAGGGAUAGAAGGAUGCCCGUAUUUUUCAACAUUCAAAAUGAUAUUUUCUGGAGGCAAGAAAAGUAAAGAAUAUGUAUUGGAAUUAACUAAUGAAGUUGUGAAUUUAAAAGAUGAAAUAGAUAUUAAAACGUCAGGAAAUGAUAAUCGCAACAUUAUUGAUGAUGGACAAUCUCAAAAAUUGACUGCUGCAGAGAUAGAAGAUUUGAAAGUGGAUUCAAACAAAGCAUCAGAUAUUGUUGAAACAUUGAUUACAAACUCAAAUACUUUUCACAGGAAAACUGAAUUUUCUCAGGAGAAAUACCUUAGGAAAAAGGAAAAAAAAUAUUUUGAGUUCAUUAGAAUUCUGAAACCAAAUCUGAGAUUAAUCGCAGAGGUGAUGUAUAAGUUAGAACCAGCCAAAAUCCAGGGCAUUCGUAUUGAUACAUUAUCACAAAUAAAUACUUUAUCUAACAUUUACUCAGAAGGUAAUUAUCUUCUGUAUGAUUCAGGAUCAAAUGGUUUACUAGCUGCAUCCUUGAUGAGUGCCAUCGGUCCCCAAACUAAUGGGAAACUCAUUCAUAUGCACCCUGGUAAUAUGUCACAGAAACAAGCAUUGCUGGCAAUGAAUUUUAAAGAAGAACAACUUAAUAGAUGCAUUUCUGUCAAUGUGUAUUCGGCUUUGAGACAAUUUUACCAAGGCUGUGAUACUAAUGAUAACUCAAAUGUUGAAUCAAAUGUUUUAAAAAGAAAAGCUGAUGAAGAACCAGAUCAUAAGAAUAAGAUUCCCCGACUGGAAAACACAGACCAGGAUGCAGAUGCUAUAUCAGAAGCUGUAGCCAAUAAUUCAGAGAAUAAGCCAGAACCUAAAAAGCCUAAAUGGCACUUUGACAAUAUAGCUGCUGCUUCACUACUUCAUCAAAAGGUGGAUGCUUUAGUCAUCACCUGUAAAGAAGAUCCGAAAAAUAUUUUCACUGAAUUAGUGGAAUUUGUAAAACCAGGACGACCAUUUGCUAUCUAUUAUGCUGUUGCUGAGCCAUUGCAACAACUAUAUUUAUUGUUGAAAUCACAAAGUAAUGUAGCUGCAUUAAAGUUAACAUGCAACUGGAUGAGGAAUUAUCAGGUACUACCAGACAGAACACAUCCAGAAGUAAUGAUGAAUUCAGCCAGUGGAUUUCUUCUAACAGGAUAUGUUUUAAAAUAAUUUGGUAUUGAUCAAUUAUUAUUUUAUAAGAUAAAAACAAAAAUAUAGUUUUAAAAAAUUUA